AUAUUUUGUGCUGCUGCCGUUUGCCUGCCACAAAUAGGCAAUAAAAAGAAAAAAAAAACAAAAAAACCUGAGCCAGCUAAGCGCGCGCAUUAACAUAAAAUAGCAAACGUAAUUAAAUGAAUGGCAAUUUAAAGCGAGAAGCGAACAAUUGCCCAGCGUCGCAACAUUUUCCAUACACACAUCUCUAGUGCAAUAUAAGUGGCAGUUGCCAGUGGCAAGCGGACGGACAGCAGACGACAACAGACAAAAAAAGACUCACACCGACGCUCACACACACGCGCGCUCGCUCUCGCCCAGUGUGUGUGCGUGCGUGUGUGUGUGUAUAAGCAAAACGAGUGCAAUUGAUUUUCGUUUAUUACUCGCUACUCGGCAUCGCUUUUGGGCACUCGCAAACGGACUCGAACUCGCACUCGAACUUGGACUCGGUUUUGGAACUGGCGAGCCGCUACUCGAGUGAUACCGCAUCUCGUUGGCGUACAUAAACAAACUCAAUUCCAUUCUGAAAAACUCAAAACAAAACGGUCGAAAAAGCAGACAAAAAAAACAAAAAAAAGCAUAAACAAACAAUCAAAAUCCGUGGCAGAUCGAAUCAAGCGAGCUGCCGAAUCGUAAAGUAUGUCGGCGGCCGGAGAUGCGGGCGCCGGUGCCGCAAAUGCCAGCAACAACAACAACAACGUCGCCGUCGUCCAGGCAACGGUCAGCGUGAGCGGCAACAUCAGCGUGGGCGACGGCAGCCCCACCAACAACACGAACGGAAACAGCAAUCACAACAACAGCAACAACAAUGGCUCAACGGCGGGCAGCUCGAAGGGGCAGCUGCCGCUGACGCCGCGCUUCACCGCCGAGGAGAAGGAUGUGCUCUACACGCUGUUCCAUCUGCACGAGGAGGUCAUCGACAUCAAGCACAGAAAGAAGCAGCGCAACAAGUACUCCGUCCGCGACACCUGGGACAAGAUUGUGCGCGACUUCAAUUCGCAUCCGCAUGUCAGCGCCAUGCGCAACAUUAAACAAAUACAAAAGUUCUGGCUGAAUUCCCGUCUGCGCAAACAGUAUCCAUAUCGGGAUGGCAGCGCCUCGGGCGGCAGCGCAGCGCUGGGCAAAGUGGGCGCCGUCUCGGCCAGCGCCCAGCAGCAGCAGCAGCAACAGCCGCAGCAUCACGACAGCGUCAAGGUGGAGCCAGAUUAUCAAAUCAGUCCCGAGGCGUCCGAGCAUAAUCCGCAGGGCGAGCCCUUCGACGAGAUCGAAAUGGAUGGCAACGAUGUCAGCGAAAUGGAGGACGAUCCGCUCGAGGCACAGCAACAACAGCAGCAGCAGCAGCAACAACAACAACAACAACAACAACAACAACAGCAACAGGCGGCGGCGGCGGCGCAGGCACAGGCGGAGGCGCAGCAGCAACAAUCGGCGGUCGCCGAGAUGCAGAAGCUGCAGGUGAGCGCCGCGGUGGCAGCCGCCAAUGCGAGCAUGUUGAACACGCAUCGCAUCAACGUGGACUCGAUCAGUGCGGAGAAGCUGACGCUCAACGAUCUGCUGCACUUUAAGCCGGCGCGACAGCGCGACGAGAUCAUACUGCAAAUCAAGCAUCCCACAGAUGCCACAGCCACACAGAUACACACGAUACCCGCACAGCCGCAGCAGCACACAAUGGCCACAAUCACAGCCGGCGGCUACAAUCAGCAGAUCAUAAGCGAGAUCAAGCCGCAGCAGAUCACGCUGGCCCAGUACCAGGCGCAGCAGCAUCAGCAGGCCCAGGCCCAGGCCCAGGCUCAGGCUCAGGCCCAGGCACAGGCACAGCAAUUGGCGCAGCAGCAGCUGGCGGCACAGCAGCAACAGUUGGCCGUGGCGGCAGCUGCGGCGCAUCAACAGCAGCAACAACAGCAAGCGGCCGCCGCUGUAGUUGUCCAGCAGCAGCAACAUCAGCAGCAGCAGCAGCAUCAGCAGCAGCAACAACAGCAGCAGCAGCAGCAGCAACAGGCGGCCGCAGCAGCAGCUGCUGUCAAGAUGCAGCUGACCGGAGGCACGCCCACCUUCACAUUCAGCGCACUGCCAACGGUGACGGCAGCCACAUCUGUGCCCGUGACCGUGCCUCUGCCCGUCACCGUGCCGGUGACCGCUGCCCCAGCGGCUGUAUCAAAUGUGAGCGUAAGCGGCGCUGGAACGCUGCCAACGGGCGCGCAACAGCAGCUGCAGCUGCAACAACAACAACAGCAGCAGCAACAACAGCAGCAGGCGGGCGAUAGCUACGAGGAGCGCAUCAACUACUUCAAGGUGAAGGAGGCGGAGCUGCGCUGCAAGGAGCAGCAGCUGGCCACCGAGGCCAAGAAGAUUGAGCUGAACAAGGCGCAGGAUGAGCUCAAGUAUAUGCGCGAGGUGCAUCGCCUGCGCGUCGAGGAGCUCAAAAUGAAGAUACGCAUACUGCAAAAGGAGGAGGAGCAGCUGCGCAAAUGUUCCAGCACAUGAGAUCUGGAGGAUAUCAGCGAUGCGGAGGCGGACGCGGACGCAGACCCGGAUGCGGAUGCGGAUGCUGAUGCAGAUGCGGACACAGAUACGGAGGUGGAGGUUGAGAUGGAGUUGGAAAUGGAAAUGGAGCACGCCGAGAGGACGGCGCAGGCAACGCAGGAUGCGUACAUGGAUUUGGAUAUGCAAUUGCUGCUCUAACUCGGAUGCAGCUGUUUACCACAUAGUCUAUAUAUAUAUAUAUAGUCUAUAGCUAUCUAUAAUUAUAUUAUUAAUUUUUUUGGAAUUUUAUUCAAUUCAUUUUUCUAAUUUUUAUUUCUAUUACUUUUUUUUUCGUAUUAAAUUUAAUUGUUUUCGGGUGGGCGGGACGGCCAGCCGUGCGGGCUGGCCGUGAUUAACGAUUACCGAUUACCGAUUAACGAUUACCGAUUACCGUUUACUAUUUACCGAUUGUCGUGUAUCGAUUAUUGAUUACCGAUCAUCGCUUACCCUUAAGCCAAUUCUCAAAUUGUAAUUGUAUAUCGAUAUGAAAUACAGUGAACUAAGCCACGAAA